CGGCUGUCUGAACUUCCUCCCUACGGACACUCUGUGCUGCCUUCUCUCAACUUUUUCCAGCAGAAAGUUGGGAGCUCCUCAGAGCUGAGCGGCACCUGUAGUGUUGCCAUUUGCAGGGAGAGGCACCGGAGGACCCCAACCAGCUCACCCUCCAUCAAAGGAAGGAGACAACAUAGGAGGGAGCAAGAGCACCACUCUGCCCUCACUCAGCAUUCUAGGAUGCUUGUGAGGUGCCAUGGUUCCCUGGCCUUCUGCUUCCUGCUUGUCCUGCUUGAAACUCCAGGUCUUGCCAGUGAAGAGACCCUGAUGAAACCAAAACUGAACAUUUUGGGAGAUCAAGUGGUGAUCCAGGCUGGUGGAGUGUUUGACAUUACUUGCAGAGGAUUGGCUGCCAUGACCUGGACCUGGGGCAUUGGACUUGCAGGGAGUCGGACCCGCAUCUUGGAAUAUCCCUGUUCUGAUAACCACCUUUUCACUUGUAACCAACUCACUAUCUUCCACACAGAAGCUGGUGACACUGGCUACUUCACAUGUAGUUACAAAGAUGUUGCUGACACCAAUGAUUCUAAUGGCAAGGCCAGUGUAUAUGUGUAUGUCAAAGAUGACAACCAGACCUUUGUGCAGGCCUACGACAAUAUACCUCUUGUUAUCACUGUGUUUACUGACACUGAAGAGAUACUUGUACCGUGCCGGGUCACUUCCCCUGAUGUUGAUGUUAAGCUUCAACUGUUGCACCCUGCCACAUUCACCUAUGCAAGCCAAAACUGGGACCCCAGGAAAGGCUUUACUGUGAUGCGGCCCUCUUAUCAGUUCUACAGUAGUAUGCUCCAAUGCAUUGCUGAAGUCAAUGGAAAGAUCCACAGGUCACUGUAUCUCCCACAGCGAUUGGAAAUCAAGAGAGGAAAUAUCUCUAUCAGAUAUAACCAGAAGAGGCUUUUGAUGGGAGACACCCUUUUCCUGCAGUGUGUGGCAGAGACCACAUUCAAUGGACGAAUCAAACUGGAUUGGGUAUUCAACCGGCAAGAUUCUAAGACAACACCCAGGUGUUGUGAAGUUAAAAGGAAUUUGUACCAAGGGUCCCCUGUGUACAAAAGCUAUAGUAAUUUGACCAUCUGGAAUAUAACCAUGGAAGACAAGGGUUUAUAUAUUUGCCAGGAAAAUAACAACACUGCCCUGCAAGCCAACAUUACCAUCACAGUAUACAAAAAAUCAUUCCUCAAUGUGAGAUGCAAAAGAAGGUGCAUUUAUGAGGUGACAGCUGGGCAAAGGAUGCUCAAAAUAGGAGUAAGAGUGGAUGCUUUCCCUCGCCCCAAUGUGACCUGGUUCAAAGAUGGAAAACCACUCCCAGUAAACCAUACCUUCCAGCUGGACCCUCUAAACUACAGACUCAAAAUCCUGGAAGUUAAUGUAAAGUAUGCUGGAAACUACACUUUUGCCCUGAGCAAUACCAAGCAUGGCCUCUACAAAAACAUCACUGUACAACUGAUUGUCAAUGAAAAACCUAAGAUUUAUGAGAAGGAUACAGACUUGAAGAUCAAUAAUGCAGUAUUCCUGGGAAGUGAGAACACCCUUCGCUGUACUGCAAGUGGCCUGCCUUCACCCUCCUUCAUGUGGGCCUGGGAGCCCUGUAGCCAGACAGAUGAAUUUUGUAGGGAACGGGGCAAACGUAUAUAUCUUUCCAAAGAGACUUUGAAAAGUGACCUCCCUUUGAGCAACAGGAUCCUUUCCAUUGAGGAAAUGGUAUUGACACAUGGAGAAAAGACCAAGACCCUGAGCUCACUGACCAUACUGACCAGCAAUAUUUCUGGUAUAUAUUACUGCAUAGCUGUAAACAAGGUUGGCAUUGAUGAGAGAAGCAUACAGUUCUUUGUCUCAGAUGUGGCUGAUUUCAUGGAGGCAGAACCUCUAGUCUCAAUGAUUGAAGGCUAUGAUGCUCGGCUCCAAUGCAAGGCAGCUAAAUAUAUCUACAAUCAACUUGCUUGGUUCAGCCCCUUAGGCGAGAAGAUUCCUGUUAUAGACACUGAAAGCUUCAGAAGCAACUACUCCAUCUCAUUGACACUCGUGAUCAAGAAUGUGACUCAGCAGGAUAAAGGGCAGUACAAGUGCAAGGCUUGGGCACAGAAAAACAUCACCAACAUGAUGCAGCGCAACACUCAGCUCUUUAUUAGAGAAAGGGUUGCCCCAUUCAUUAUUGAGAAUCUCACCAAUAUUGAGGUCAACCACAGUGGCAAGAUUUUGCUGGAUUGCAAAGUGGGUGGAAUACCAUGCCCUCAAAUCCACUGGUUGAAAAAUGGAAUUCCUGUUCUCCCUGCUUCAGGAAUCUUCUUUGAGAAUAACACACUAAUUAUUGAAAGAGCCAAAAAAGAAGAUGAGGGCCUGUAUCUGUGCAAAGCAACCAAUGAGUUGGGAGAAGUCCACACGACAGCUCUUAUCACCGUGGAGGGCUCUGAUGAAAAAUCCAAUAUUGAAAUCAUCAUUCUUGUUUGUACUGGCCUGACAGCUACCCUUUUCUGGCUUCUUCUGACCCUGAUCAUUCGCAAACUCAGAAAGCCCAGUGUUUCAGAAAUCAAAACAAGCUACCUUUCCAUCAUUGUGGAUCCUAGAGAAAUGCCCCUUGAUCAACAAUGUGACAGGCUUCCCUAUGAUGACAGCAAAUGGGAAUUUCCUCGGGACCGGUUACAGUUGGGCAAAAUCCUGGGCCAUGGUGCCUUUGGAAAAGUGAUAGAAGCUUGUGCCUUUGGCAUCGACAAAGCUUCAACCUGUAAAACAGUGGCAGUGAAGAUGCUAAAAGAUUGUGCAACAUCCAACGAGUGUAAGGCUUUAAUGUCAGAGCUGAAGAUCCUCAUUCACAUUGGUCACCACCUCAAUGUGGUCAACUUACUGGGUGCUUGCACUAAGCCUGGAGGUCCUUUGAUGAUCAUAGUAGAAUUCUGCAGAUAUGGAAACCUAGCUAAUUUUCUGAGAGGGAAGAGAGGAGAUUUUAUUGCUUCCAAGUCCCAGCUCAAUAUGGGAAAAAAGGUGAAGACUAUUCAUGAUUCUGACAGUGAUCUCACUGAGCUAACUAAGAAUCAUCUGCAGAAUGUGGCUAGCACAGGAAGUUCCAUCAGUUCUGGUUUUAUAGAAGACAAGAGUUACAGUGAAUCUGAUGAGGAGGAAGAAGCUAGCUGCUACCUUCUGGGGGCCACAACAACCCACCAUGUAGAUGACCUCUUCAAGCAUCCCCUUACCUUAGAGGACCUCAUCUGCUAUAGCUUCCAAGUAGCCAAAGGAAUGGAGUUCCUUGCUUCCAGAAAAUGCAUUCAUCGAGACUUGGCUGCUAGGAACAUCCUUCUAGCAGAUAACAAUGUUGUAAAGAUAUGUGACUUUGGUUUGGCCAGAGACAUCUACAAAGAUCCUGACUAUGUCUGGAAAGGAGAUGCAAAACUCCCACUUAAGUGGAUGGCACCUGAAGCCAUUUUUGACAAGGUGUAUACAACCCAGAGUGAUGUGUGGUCCUUUGGAGUUCUGCUUUGGGAAAUUUUUUCUCUGGGAGCUUCACCAUACCCAGGAAUGCAAGUAGAUGAGGACUUCUGCCGUCAGCUUAAGGAGGGAACAAGAAUGAGAUCCCCUGAAUAUUCUACUCCUGAAAUCUACCAGACCAUGCUUGACUGCUGGCAUAGUGAUUACACAAAGAGGCCCAACUUCUCUGACUUAGUCAGGCAUCUUGGAGAUCUCCUUCAGGCCAAUGUUCAACAGGAUGGCAAAGAUUACAUACCACUUAGUGGCAAUGGUAGAAUUCCCACAUUUAGGAUGCUGGAUCCAAUGCAAGACACCUUAAGCAAUGAGAUCAUCCUGGAAAACAGCAGCAUUAAAUCCCAGAAGAAGCCACUAGUUGGGCUAUUUGAUGAGAUGGAGAUCUGCGAGGAACAGGAUGACGCUGUGCUUGGGGAUACAGGAGACUAUGAAACUGUUCUUAAUUGGGAUAAAACCAAAAGCCAGAAGUGCCUGGAAACCCAUGCCUGGCCACAUGGCAUCACAGCCUUACUCCUGAGACCUCUCAGCAAGAACAAAGAUUCCCUUCUGAUGGAGACUGAGCUGGAUAUUUUGAAAUACCAUUCAGCCCCUGAGCUUGGACAAGAAGAUCAGAUGGAAGUAUCUUCUCUCCUGCCACUGGAUCCCACCCUUGAGUGCCACAGCCCACCUCCCGACUAUAACUUUGUGCUUCACUACAGCACUCUACCCAUGUAACUCACUAGCAGGAUUGUUCCUUUGCUACUGUUUUUCACAUCACUCCCUUUUCCUCCUAAAAGUCAAUAAUUCUUUUCAUAGCUAUGUCAUUGUUACAAUGCUACUAAAUUUUCAUGGAAGAAGUAAAAAAGAGAAAGUUCAAAAAAUAUUUAUCUCUCACACUUUUGUGGGGCACAGCUGCACCAAGCUAGGCUACCAGACCUGAUAACACACAAUUACUUCCACUUCUAUAUCUUCUGCCAUUAAGUAUAUAUUAACUUACCCAGGUGUGGCUAGCCUCAUUAGAAGCAGCCUCAGUAAUUCUACAUGUGCACCUCACCAAUGUUUCCUAUUAUUCUUUAGUGAAGGUUACUUAAAGGACCAAAUUCUAAUCUCUCUUUAAAGACCUUAAGAUUCUCCAAUCAAAACAUGGGUUACAUUUUAUUCAGACCUCAUUGAUUAACCUCCAACAUGGGUUUAGUAGAUGUUUAUAUGGGUAUCUUUUUUUGUAUGGUGCUGGGGAUUGAACCCAGGGCCUUGUGCAUGCAAGGCAAGCACUGUACCAACUGACCUAUAUCCCCAGCCCAGGGUAUCUUUUCUUAAUAAUUAAAGCAGCCAAAACCUUCAGGGGUUUUUCAUUGGAUGAGUGUAUUUAGGAUACACUCUACAAAUACAACAAGCUUAUCAAAUAUGUUGUCUUCCAAGACCAGAAAACAUGCAAACAGAUUCCCUGGCCAUUUACUAAUGUGGAUAUCAAGAAUACCAUUACUUGAAAUCCCAGGCAAAUGUAUAGGGUCCAUAGCAACAAACAAAGUGUCUCACUUGAAAGCAAUGAGGGAGAUACUUUUCUUUUUCUGAUGGCCCCUCCAGAUUGCAGCUUUUCUUGGCAGAUAUGUCACUGGACUUGUGUCUAUUAAUCUUUGGGGUGUCCACUACAGCUUCAAUUUCCUCCUCACAUCUCCAUGCAUCACCCUAUCAGGGGAUUCCCACAGGCAAUCCAAACCUACUGCAAUUUGCCAGCCUCUUAGGUCUUCCUUUGAAAUCUUGGUGGAAGCCUCCAUGACCUCCUAAUCUUGAAAAUCCAGCAUGUAUGGUUGCUGCCAAGAUCUGUCACCAUCUUGAGCAGAGCCAAGCCUCCAAGGACUCUGGCUGCAGUAGUCUCUGAGUGCCUGGUUGGCUGAGAAUGGUGAAAGAAGUUCCUAGGUACCCCUGUGCAAGUAGGGUGCUCCCACGGUCUUUUCUAAGGAUAUUUUACUUCAACAUUCUUGAGCCUGAGAUGGGUGUGGUCAUACAUAUUCUUGAGAAGCCCUCAUGCCAUCUUUUUUUACUGUUUCUUGGCAAAGUCUAAUCUUUAGUGUGCAUAAUGUCUUUAAAAACCACAUCUUCCUUAGCCCCAGUUUUGCUCAGUUUUCUGGCCAAACUGCAAUUUUUCAAAUAUUUCUUCUUUGUAUUCUGCUUCUGAUUUUCAAAAUAAACUUGGCUACAAGUUUCCAUUAAUACACAUGCAUGCCACUGCCUGAAUGCUAUGCUGCCUAGAAAUUUCUUCUGACAGAUUAUUUAGUCUAUCAUCUUUAAAUUCAGCUUCACAGAAAGUCUCAGGACAUGGAAAAAAUGGAGAAAAAUUCUUACCCAGAACAUAAAACAAAUUAACUCUAGUCCACUUUCCAAUAGAGUCCUCCUCCUCUGAAAUAUCAUAAACUCCAUCUUUACUGUAUGCAAUCCUAUGAGCAUUCUGGUCUUCUGAACUUCCACCAGAAUUUCCUUUUAGGGUAUAUUUACAACACUCUAAAGCUUUACCAGCUUGCAUUGUUAAACAUUUCAAAAUUCAUCUUAUAAAUUCCAAAAAGCUCCAAAACUUUUAAACUGCAUGGUCAGGUUAGUCACAUCAAUGGCUCUACUUCUUGGUACCAACUUCUGUUUUAGUCAGCUUUUCCCCUGUGGUGACCAAAAAUACCUGAAAAGAAUAAUAUAAAUGAGGAAAAUAUUAUUUUGGAGAUCAUAGAUUCAGAGUUCUUAGUCCAUAGAAGUCUGACUCCAUUCCUCAAAACCUAAGGUGAGGGAAAACAUCAUGGCAGAAAUGAGUGGCAGAGGAAAGCAGUUGUACAAAUAGCAUCAGGAAGGAGAAGGGAGAAAGAGGGGGGGGAGGGAGGAGAAGAGGAGAAAUACUCCAUCAUUCAGGGACAAAAUACUCUACUCAUGGCCCCAAUGACCCACCUUCUCCAUCCACACCCUACCUGCCUACAGAUACCAGCCACUAUCAGGGAAUUAGUUCACUUAUUGGUUUAAGACUGUCAUACCAAUCAUUUCAGUUUUCAACCCUCUUGCUUUGUCUCACACAUGAGUUUUGGGGGGACAGCUCAUAUUUAAACUAUAAUAUUGAUGCUAUGUCAUUCCCCUUUUGAAGCCAGUAUGAAGUCAUAUCAUGUCUAAUUAGGCAGUGCCUCCUAUAUUCACCCUUGGUCAUGCAACCACACCAGACUAAAUAAGGAGUUCCUCCCUGGAUUUGUUGGGGCAUGGGAAAUACUCACUGAUUUUAGAGGUAGUCAUCCUCUUGUCUCUCACUCUCAUAUCAUCAAGAAAAAAAAAGAGGAACAAGCAACAUUCCACAUAAAUCAGAACCUGGAAGACCCUUUUUCCUUCCUACUCCCAAUUAGAUAAAGAAAACUGACACUAAGAUAAGGGAAGGAGCUUACAUUCAUGUCUCUUGACUACUGGCCCAAUGCUGUUUCCACUAUUUACAUUGUCAAGCCAUACAAUAUGUACACACACACACACACACACACACACACACACACACACUUGCUAAUAUGAAUAAUGAUGGCCCUGAAGAAAACCCCAGAAAUUUGGCUUUUUUCUCCUUUUUAUCUAGCAUUGCACCUAGAAAAUAUGACUUGCUCAUAGAAUUGGAGGUCUGGGCUUCUGCCACAACUAUCCAUUUUUUUCUGUGGUUGAGUUUAGAACUCAAGGGCUAUCAAAACCAAAUUUUAACUUGUGACUCAAGAACAUUAGUGGCAAGAAAAACAUUGAGAGACAGGAUAGGUCCAGGUGCUGUCUACUAAAGAAAUUUCCAAAAAUACCCAGAGCCUCUUGGUUUAAGAAUGCUCAAAGCCAGGAUGUAAAUGCAAGCUCUUUCCUAUCUCCAUUAUUAACAAUACUAGAAUUAUUUUCUACUUGACUCAUAACAAGUAGGUUGAAGUAUGUAAUGUGAUAACACUAGGCAACUCACCAGUAAAAUUGCUCCUCAUUUCUUUAGAAUUUACCCAUUAAAUGGUUUCUGGAAAUGAUUUGAAAUAGAUUUGCCACUGAUGUAGGAAGAUUUCAUGGGUUAAAUGGAACAAGCUAUCACUGGAAGUUGGUGAUGAGGCUCCAAGUCUGGUUCCUUCCUCUUUUCCUGUAAUUGCUGUGUACUCAUGGCUCUAGAGAUAGCAGGAAGUUUAUCCUCAUGUGGCCACCUACCUAGUAGAUCUUCUGAAUAUUCCCUAAUGUUCAACAUCUUUUACAAGGGCUAGUUUUGGCUAACUAAACAUUAUGUAGUGAGUUCCCCAGGAACAGAACCCAAUGUCAUUAUCAUCACUGGGAGAAAGAGAAUGAAGGGUGCCAAAAAACUCUUCAGUAAUGCACAUAUCUAUACUAUCUAGUGUUUUCAUAAAAGUUCAUUUCAUGAUACAUUCAGAAAGUGGAUUCCCCUUUGUCAGAGGACAUGCUUGUAUUGCAUUUGCCUCAUAACAUGUUCUCAGGACAGAUAAAUAAUUAAAAACUUCAAUAUGACUGCAUGAAUCCCCAAAGAUCAUAUUGACUUCUUCAGAUAGUUUCAAAUCCCUUGCACCCCCACCCCAACACAGGACUUCUGAAUUUCAUGAUAAAAUUAUCAUAGUUCCUUUCCAUAAGAUUUCAUGAUAGGAUGCUUAGGCAACAAAAAAUAGCAACAGUGCUCCAGGUUGGGAAAAGUUCUGUUAUGCUCUAGGUCAUUACACUCCACUGUUAGCUCUCUUUAACUCAAGACGAUGCAAAGGGGAAGGGAAGAAUGAAUUGGCAUUGACUUUGUGACUCAUUUACUUACCUGAGAGAUUGAGAGGGAACUUUUAAAGUUAAGAAAAUCUAACUAGUCAACUUUAUAAGGGAUUUUUGCCCAACUCCAAGAAGUGUCUCCAGUUACCUGCAUUUCUCUGAUUUUGUUACAAUCUUUCACUCAACAAGAUGAACUUUUCUUUACCACAUUCUGUAGUCUUUUUAAUAUCUAUUUCUAGACUAUAGGAGUAAUAAGGCACUCUAGUAACACGUAACUCUCAAGAUAAAAAUUCUAAAACCUCCAGUAUUCUCCUUAGAAAUAUAGCUGUGCAGCAGAUUGAUGAUUUAUUAUUACAACUCCUGUGUAAUUAUACUUAUCAGCAGACUUGUAACAUACCUUUUAUAGAACCACUCCCAGGAAUCCAUUUUACAUGGCUUGAUGAAGUGCUUUGUCUAUGCCCUGUACCUGACAGUUCCACAAACACUCAUUAACUCCCAGAGAUCUUCUGACAGCAAUAUAUUUUCAUAUCAAAUAGGAGUUUACUUCAGAGAUGGACCAGUUCUCAUAAGGUGUGCUAAUAUUACCCUGGUAUGUUCACUACUAGUCAGGCCAGACUUUGUUUAUGUAAUCCCUCCACUCCCCACAGAAAAAUAUAGUUAUAUCAGGGAUCCUCCCACCUGCUCCAUAUAUCUCUGAUCUAAUCUCUUGGCAGAUAGCUGAAGAGAGUUAUUAAAGUAAAUUAUCAUGUCUUUUGCUUCUGGUUGCAUAAAAUGUGCCUGUAACCAAGAUGGCAGUGACAACAGCAACUACAAGAAUAUUGCAGAUUGACUCUGCCACUAAGUGGCCAACACAAGACUCCAGGUCAGUGGACAUGGAACUCCUCGACUGUCUCAAAUAAAUGUUCACUGUGAUAUUCUUCCUCUUCGGACUAUUGGUCAAAAAUGUCCAUAAAUUGCUGGAUGCCAUCAAAACUUACUAGUAUUAAUUACCCCCUAUGAAUAUAAUACCAUUCUGAAGGGACACAAUCAUUCCCUUUUAGUAAAAGAAAACUAUUUGCCCUUGCGAAAGGGUAAGCUCAGAUGAAAAAAGACUUUUAGCACGGUUUCGCCUUUUAACCCAUACUUUAAGAAUAGCAAUUUUUCAGUUUUCUGAAAAAGGAAAAUAGAAAGUUUUUCCACAGAUUAAUGAUAAAAAACACAUUGAGCAAAAGAUGGGAAGAUGACCCUGGAUAAACAAAUGAUGAAAGUCAGUGUAGAGCAAGCCAGUACUCAACAAAUUCCCAGCCCUUCUAAAUAAUCCUUCCACUUGAGAUGUUGCACCAUAAUUCCUAUAGUAUUCUUUCUUUUCAGUUCUUCAUAUCCCUUGGCUAAAAAUACUACAGUAAAAAAAAUAAAGAAGAGAAAAGAAAAUAAAAGGAAAAAGAAAGCAUUCUAGCUAACUCCAACCUCAAAUUUUAGAAACAAAAAGCAAGUCCUUUAUAACAUAGAGCUAUUGCUUAGCUUGUCCCUCAACUAUCUAAGGGAUAUACCCAACUGAAGAAAGCACUUCCCUCAUAAGUUGUGUCUUAUUAUGUAAUCAAAAUCGUAUUGUAUAUUUCAUUUUCAAUAAAAACUUCAUAUAUAUUUC